UCAAUCAUGCUUUCUCAUUCCAACGUCCAACAUCAAAUUCGUUGUCUGAAGUUGUUAGUUCGGAGCUAAAAUUCUUUGCUUGAUUGAUCUCUUGGCAUUUGAAUUUGAAAUCGAAAGCAUCAUUUGAACGUCAUCAAAGAGCUCGAGGAAUUUCUGCAUUAAUUGUGUUGCUGUGGUAAAGUUCCUGCGGCUAUAAGCGGCUGCAAAUCUUCCUUUCUCGUCAUUAUCAACACAGAAAUUGAAGGCUUCUUGCUGCAAAUGUCUAUCUUAUAAUGGCGGAUUAUUACGAUAUUCUGGAUGUACCGAAAUCUGCUACUGAGCAAGACAUCAAAAAAGCUUAUCGAAGACUAGCUCUAAAAUGGCAUCCWGAUAAAAAUCCAGACAACAAAGAUGAAGCAGAGGCAAAAUUCAAAGAAAUAUCUGAAGCUUAUGAAGUKCUUUCAGAUGAAAAAAGAAGGAAUAUUUAUGACAAAUAUGGCCGUGAAGGCUUAACAGGAGGUGGAAGAGCUGGUGGUGGUAAUAUGGAUUUCAAUUUUGGAUUUCAUUUUCAUUCGCCUGAGGAAAUAUUCAGGAACUUCUUUGGAACAAGUGAUCCUUUUGCCAAUUUUUUUGAUGAUGACUUUUCAUCGGGGUUUGGUCCCAGUCUGUUCUCAAGAAACAGGAAGGACACAAACAACAGACAACAAAGGACGAUGGACCCCUUUAGAGGUUUUAGUGAUCCAUUUAGCAAUAUGGGGUUUGGAUUCAGUAGCGGUUUCGGCCGUGAUCCAUUUUCAUCAGGAAGCUUUGCAUCAUUUUCAAAUUUUAGUGGUGGAACUGGCAGCAGAAACAUUAAAUCUACAUCAACUUCAACCAAAUAUGUAAAUGGCAAAAAAAUCACCAAAAAAACAACAAUUGAAAAUGGUCAAGAAACUGUGGAGGAAUAUGAAAAUGAUAGAUUAAUAAGGCGAAUUGUGGAUGGAACACAGCUUCAGUUGACAGAAUAAUAUAGCAAUUAAAUUAUUGUAUUCAGUAGAAAUUCAUGAGUGGCUUUUUUAAUUUUCUAGGAAAAAAAGAUUUUGAUAUGUUUUUGUUGGUAAUGUUAUAAUAUUCAUUGAUGUUGCUUUAUCCAUUAAACAAGAGGUUGCAGUCGUACUCUCAGUAUUUGAUUGGAACUAGCUUGCAAUCUAGGCUCAUGUGUGUGAAUUUCAUCAAGAUUCAACUAAAACCUGUUGCAAGCUUGUUCCAGUCCAAAUUGAGGCGACAAAAUAUGAGCUUUUAUUAACGGUCUAGUACAAUAUGAAGAAAUAUAGGCCAAGGAUAGUUUUGUUUAUUAACAAUGGUAGUCUUUGUAAUGAGGGGUUAUAUGUAAGCGUUGCUUUCACUGCGUUUAUUAGAAUGCAACAGUCAAAGAUAUAGAUGAAUUAGUACUUGAAUGGCAAUCGCAAACUAUUUUGAAUAAAUAAUGAUGAGAGUUAUUUUCUGGUUGAUGCUUGAUAAAGGAAUUACCAAUGAGUUAAGUGGUACCUAUUCACCACUGACAGCCAAGCGAGUAUAUCGAGUAUGCAAACCUCCACUUUUAGAACAGUCAUUAUUUUUGUAAAAUUAUAAUCAUUCAAGAUUCGAGACUUGCUAUUUAGAGUAGAUAUUAAUUAACAUGUUGGAGAUUUGGAUUUUGUGAAAUAUGAAAUAAUCUUMAAUUUAAGAUAGAGUGCUUGCCAUAUAUCCAUAGAAUUAAUCAUGUAUCAUCUAAUUGAAUUGCUUUUAGUACAAACUAGUCAAUAUCAUUGAUGCAUAYCAGUGCAAACAACAUAUCCUGUUGUCUUAUACCUGGCUGAAUCCUAAUGUAGUCAUAAACAUUAAGUAGUUGCAUCACAGAUAUAUGAUGAGCACUCUAGCAUUUUUGUUGAUAGUGCAUUUCAGACCUGUACAAUGCUUGCAUCAAUAAUACUAAUGUCAGUCAAUAGUUAUUGCACAUACAAAGUACUCAUGAAKUAAUAAAUAAGAUUUUGACGCACGCAUAGCGUCAUGUCUACAUUUCAUAAAAUUUAUUUGUAGCUGAAGGAAGGUUUUUGCCAACCUUUUUUAUAUAGUUUUGUCAGUUAUUUUCUAUAGAUACAGAAGAGGUAUAUUGUUUGAUAAUAAAAUGGUUAUAUCUUUGAKAUAA